UUUUUCUAUUUCAACUUCCCUUGACUACAUACUCAUGACAGUCGCUCAUUAUCUAUAACCAAAUACGUUCUUUUACCCCACGACAACGACGAUGAAAGCUCCGACCAUCGCCCUCCUGGCGGCCCUUGGAGGCUUUCAAGCAGCAGUUGCUCAACGCAUCGGCAGCUCAGGGGUGUGGGUUGAUGCGGCAACAUGCGACCCUUGGGCAAAGUCCCAUGGCUUCCCGGCCGCUGCUGGCCCUGGUGGCCUCCUCACCACUGCUCUCGGCAUCCUUGAUAGCACGUCAAUGUCAAUCUUGUAUCGCAUGUACCACCCUACCACCCAGUCGCAGAAGUCACUCCCUGCCAACGUUCUUGCUUGGGAAAGGUACCGACUGAAUUCGACCUACGACGCUCUCUACGGCAACAACACAGAUACCAAAACUGGGGAAGUGGGCGUUUGGGACGUGGUUAAAUCUGUCUGGGGAGUCCAUUUCCAAUGGGGGAAGCCCAUGGACGAGGAGCCGUACAUCUUUCUCGUCUGCGAUGAUGCCCCGUAUCUCCACAAGACCAACAACGGCACUUUCAUCUACACGGACCCUUACCGCCAUGCCAGCAUGGAAAUCAGCACCGAGACUUGGCAGAUAGAGAAGUUCAUCGGCCCAUGCGCUACAAACGGCCAGUCGUCAUACGACAUCCAGAACAAUAACAAUUGGAGUCAAAACCUUGUCCUCUGCACGAAGAACAUGGAUCUGCCAUUGGGCUUGACAAGCAAGGGACCGAAUGCCUUUGCUAGUGGCACGACCAUCGAUGUAGCCGGCAGGAGUUGGCUCGGCGCCCUUUGGUCGCAGGCGUUGUGGUCUGGCGGCGCCGUCUCGAGUCCUAGAAUACAUGGAUUUGCUGCGUCGCACGCCAUAAGGAACACGAAGUCUUCGCUGUGGAAUGCCGACAGUGGCAAGUUUUAUGCCUUUUCCUUCAUGCUUGACGGUCUGUUCUGGGGAUCGGGCGUCGGCCGGACGUCACAGCAGGAGUAUGCCAACCUCCAGAAGACAGCCGCUGGCAAGAAGAUCAUUGCUGCCUUUGGUCUCACUAAUAUCGCGGUGCCAGCGAGGGGCAUCAAUUGGGUAUCUGGAUGGGAGCCGCCCAGCAUGUGGUCCAACCCGUCCGAGGUCCCUGAUUACAUGGGGGCAAUCCCGACAUCCUGAUUCCUUCAUGUGACAAUCCGUUACAUAGUGGUGUUACACCUUGACACAUAUCAGUCGUGACAGGUGCCUUCAUCCUCGCACACACU